AUGCAAAGAAAUAGAUCAAAAAUAGAUGAAUCUCAACGGAAAAUGUAUAGAUCAUCACAUGAUUCAUCUGAAACUUCUGGACAAAUAUUAACAGAAGAAAUGGUUUCACGAUAUUUAACUCGUAAACCAAAUUUUAUUAAACGAUGGUUUAAAGAUAAUGCAACAAAUGAUUUAUUAAAUGAUUGUAUUCAAUUAAAAGAACAAAAUGAAUUUUUACCAAAACCACGUACAUCUGUUACACAUGAAAUGUUUAAUAAUAUUAUUCAAGGAAAUAUUUCAAAUCAUACAGUAUCAUCAUCAAAUUCUCAAUUAUAUGAUUAUAUGCAUUUAAAUGAAAAUGAACUUUUUUUUGAACUUAUACGUGAUAUUGCAAAUGAAUUAAAUGUUGAUGUUGUUUGUCAUAAAAUUUUAACAAAUGUUUCAAUAUUAACUAAUUCUGAUCGUGGAAGUUUAUUUUUAGCACGUGGUCCAAAAGAUGCUCGAUAUCUUGUUUCAAAAUUAUUUGAUGUUACAGCUGGUUCAACACUUGAACAAUCACUUCAUAAAGAAGAUCAACAAAUUUUUAUACCAUUUGGAAAAGGUAUUGCUGGACAUGUUGCUUUGACCAGAGAAUAUGUUAAUAUUCCUGAUGCUUAUGAGGAUCCAAGAUUUAAUAAAGAAGUUGAUAAUAAAACUGGUUAUAGAACACAUUCAAUAUGUUGUAUGCCUAUUUUAAAUCGUGAUAAUGUUGUUAUCGGUGUGGCACAAAUAAUUAAUAAAAAAACGGGUACACAUGAAUUUACCGAGAAAGAUAUAAAUGUCUUUCGUAACUAUUUAACAUUUUGUGGACUUGGAUUAUCAAAUGCACAAUUAUUUGAAUUAUCAAUUCAAGAAUAUAAAAAAAAUCAACUUCUUCUCAAUUUGGCUCGAAAUUUAUUUCGUGAACAAGAUGAUCUCGAACGUUUAGUCAAUAAAAUUAUUACUGAAUCUCAAGGUCUUAUGCAAUGUGCUCGAUGUUGUAUUUAUAUAGUAGAUCAAUCGAUUUUAUCAUCAAAUAAACCUGAAGAUAUUCAUUUUUCAAAAGGAUUCGAUAUGAUUUAUGGUGAAGAAUUUAAAGUAACAACAAAUGAUUUUCUUGAAAAUUCACGUUAUGCAAAAUUUGCUUAUCAUGUUGCAACAACAAUGGAAACUGUAAAUAUAAAUGAAAUAUCCAAUGAUCAUGCAUUAUCACAUCUAUUAAUAUCAAAUAAUGAUGAUAAAUUUGAAUUAAAAAAUCUUUUAUGUGUACCAAUUAUGGAUGAUGAUGGUCAUGUUAUUGGUGUUUCACAAGUUAUGAAUAAAUUACAUGGACGAGCUUUUACUGAAGAUGAUGUUGCUAUUAUUGAAGCUUUUUCGGUAUUUUGUGGUUUGGGUAUACAUAAUACACGACAAUAUGAAUAUGUUGUACGUUUAACAGCUAAACAAAAUGUUGCAUUUGAAGUAUUAUCAUAUCAUGCUGUUGCAUCAGAAGAAGAUGUUCAACGUAUGGUAAAUGUUUCAAUACCUGAAGCUAAUCAAUUACGUUUAUAUUCAUGGGAAUUUAAUGAUAUGAUAUUAACUGAUGAUGAAACAAUUUUAGCAAGUAUAAGAAUGUUUGUUGAAUUAGAUUUAUUAAAAAUAUAUCGUAUUCCACAUGAUGUUAUAUGUCGAUGGAUGUUAAGUGUAAAGAAAAAUUAUCGAUUAGUAAUAUAUCAUAAUUGGAGACAUGCAUUUAAUGUUGCUCAAACAAUGUUUACAAUGUUAACAGCCGGUCGUAUGAAUGCUCGUAUGAAUGAUUUAGAACGUAUGGGAUUAUUAAUUGCAUGUUUAAGUCAUGAUCUUGAUCAUCGUGGAACAAAUAAUGCAUUUCAAGCUAAAGUUGAUGCACCACUUGCAAAAUUAUAUUCAACAUCAACACUUGAACAUCAUCAUUUUGAUCAAUGUAUAAUGAUAUUACAAACAGAAGGAAAUAAUAUUUUACAAACAUUAACACCAGAUGAUUAUAAACUUAUUAUUCAUUAUAUUGAAUCAGCUAUAUUAGCAACAGAUUUAGCUCUUUAUUUUCGAAAACGAGGUGAUUUUCAAAAAUUAGUUGAAAGUCGUCAAGAACGUUGGAUUGAUCCUGGAAGAAAAGAGUUACUUAGAGGAAUGAUGAUGACCGCAUGUGAUGUAGCAGCUAUUUGUAAACCAUGGGAAAUGCAACAAGUUAUUGCUAAACUUGUUGCAAAUGAAUUUUUUCAUCAAGGAGAUAUAGAAAGAAAUCAAUUACAUGUUGAACCAAUUCCUAUGAUGGAUCGAGAUAAAAAAGAUGAAUUACCUAAAAUGCAAGUUGGUUUUAUUGAUUCAAUAUGUUUACCAGUUUAUAAAAUGUUAGCUGAAGUUGAAUCUGGUUUAAGUCCACUUUAUGAAGGAUGUAAACGAAAUAGAGAAAAUUGGGAAAAAUUACAACAAGAACGUGAUAAAUUAAGUAAGUUAUUAUAAAAAAAAACUUUAAAAGAAGUGUUGAAGUGUAAAGAUUGAAUUCUUCCAUACAUAGAUAGACAUCUUAGUAAUGUCAUUGCUUUGUCAGAGACCAUCACAUAUACUUGAGUACUCCUACAUUCCAUUCUCAUAGACGACAACGACAUGCAUACUAGCGAGAUUAAAGUCUAUUACGAGAUUAGUAUGAGACACACAGGUAAAUUUAAGAUAUCUAUUCUUUACAUUAACAUUGACUAUAAUCAUCUUUCAUUAUCGAUAUAUAUAAAUAAGUAGGUAAUAAUUCACAAAUUGCAACCUUUGAUUGAUGAAUUAGUUUGUAGAGAACUUCAGUAGUUCUAUCGUGUUUCACAUUUUAAUCUCAUACAGGAAUUGAGAUAAUAAUCUUUAUCUUUUCUCAUGUAACAAAAAAAUCA